AUGAAUCCUCUGUAUGUGUCUGCGCUGCUCUAUUUUCUUCUCCUCGGCUUCCUGCCUCCUACAGGAGCAGAGGAGAGUGAUGGAGGAGGGGAGGUGAGGGAGAAACGGAGCCUACCCUACUGGGGCCUGUGGUCGUCAGACUUUUUCGGGUGGCUGGAGGAGCUGCGAGCCCGGGCGGCUCACGACGGGAUGCAGGACCUGGCUCGCACCUUCUGGGCACACUUCCCCAUCGGCAGUGAGCUGGGCUACGACAGUCCAGAGUCUGACCCUGAACCUGAGAGAUGAG